AUGCUCAAGGCCCGCUCCAACUCGAACACGUCUGUCGGAUCUGCGUCGUCGACGUCGUCGUCGCGCUCGCGCACACCAGGCGACAUGAUUGCGCACAUCGUCGCGCAGCAGCCAAAGUCCCCCAUCCACCUCUGGUCCGGAGGAAACGUGCGCAUCGAAGGGCGCGACCUCGGCCUCGAUGCCAUCGAGGCGGUCGAGCUCGCCAGCGCCCUCCGGGACGACACGCGCUUUGAGUUUGUGCGCAUCGAGUACCUCGACACCGAGGGAGACGAGUGGAAGGCGAGCUACCGCGUCGCGUCGCCAUAG